AUGCCAAUUUUCCUCGUCAUUGAAGAAGGAUGGACCAUAACAAAAAACAAGUCAAAAAUUGACAGUCGUGGUAACCAUGGCUACAGUAACCAAUUCCCUGAUAUGCACCCCUUUUUUCUUGCCCAGGGACCUGUAUUCAAAGAAGGCUUUGUUUCAGACCCAUUUGAAAAUGUGAAUGUAUACUCUCUUAUGUGUCAUAUACUGGGCAUUAAACCUGCACCAGACAAUGGCUCAUUACAAGCAGUGCAGCAUCUGCUAAAGGAACACAAACGGGAUUAUACAGUGUUGACAGUAGUCAGUGUAAUUUCUGUUUUAGUUCUUGUGUUAAUGAGUUAUGGUAUUGUCUCAUUUUGUGUCAAAAAUCAUUGUAGAAUGAGGCAGUAUGGCCUUAUAUAUGACUUAGGAACAUCAGAAUUGUUUGAUUUGUAG